AUGACACAACAAACAGUGCCUCCGCAGCUCGUCAUAGGCGAUAUCCACACACUCCCCCAAAAGGACGCCACCGCCAUCAUUGAGCGUAUCACGCGCCUCGAAAAGCGCACAUUCCCGCCGUCUGAAGCAUUCGAAUUCCCUGUGGAAUUGUGGAAGAAAAGGCCUAAUACCAGAGUGAUAUACGCAAAGCCUGCAGAGAUAUCCCGUCCGGCGCCAACAGGGCCAAAAUCCCGGGCUAAUAAGGAUGCUACUCUGACUGAAAAUACAACCAACGUGAUCGCCUAUGCGGUCUACGUUCGCAUGAAGGGCACUGCGCUUCUGCAUAAAUUAUGUGUCGCGGAACCGCAUCGCGGUUUGUGGGUUGACGAGAAUAGGACGGCUGCGCGGAGACUAUAUGCACGCUGUGGAUUUGCGGAGAAGGAGAAGGUUGAAAAUUACUAUGGAAAUGGAAGGACUGGCAUCAAGAUGACGCUGGAGCUUGGAUAA